AUGUACCACCAGAUCCAGAUGCAGAAUGUUGAUCAGCAGUGCCAGCGCUUUUUUUGGAAGGACAAUAUAGCUGACGUCGAGCCAAGUACGUACAUCGUCCAAGUGAUGACCUUCGGAGCCUGUUGCUCCCCAAGUACGGCGCAGUAUGUAAAGAAUGUGCACGCAAGCAAGUUCCAGCAGGAAUAUCCGGCCGCCGUUGAGGCUAUUGUGAAGCGACACUACGUUGACGAUAUGCUUCUAAGCGUAGAGCAGGAGGAAGAAGCAGUUCAGCUGACACGAGACGUGAGGGAAAUCCAUGCGUCGGCAGGUUUCGAAAUCCGCAAUUGGGCAUCUAACUCGUCUAAAGUAUUGGCACAAUUAGACGAACCUUCUACGGCUGAAAAAAGUUUUGAAGAGGAUGGCUGUGUUGAAAAAAUUCUCGGAAUGUGGUGGAACACGUCUACAGACCGCUUCACGUUCAAGGUUUCAAACCGUAUAGACGAAGUCCUGCUGUCAGGUGGUCGCCGUCCUACGAAACGAGAAGUCCUGCGAACUAUGAUGAUGGUUUUCGACCCGCUAGGUUUUAUUAGUCAUUUUCUUAUGGUGCUGAAGACGCUUCUUCAGGAAAUAUGGCGGUCUUCAAUCGGCUGGGACGACGAGAUAAACGAUCAACACUUCGAAAAGUGGUCAACCUGGUGCGCAGCUUUGCCCGAAAUAGCAAAACUUCAAAUUCCUCGUUGCUACCGUUCACUAACAUCUACCUCCGAAGAUAACGAAGUUCAGCUGCACACGUUUGUAGACGCGAGCGAAGCCGGCUUUGCGGCGGUGGCGUACUUGAGAUUCCAAGAGGGAUCGAUCAUCGAGUGUGCGCUAGUAGGGUCCAAGACAAGAGUUUCGCCGUUGAAGUUUUUGUCUAUCCCACGAUCAGAGCUUCAAGCGGCUGUUAUCGGAGUCCGCUUUGCUGAAACUAUCUGCAAGUCACUUUCCUUCAAAGUGAAGCAGCGGUUCUUCUGGACAGACUCUAAAGACGUGCUGUGCUGGCUGAAUUCCGACCACCGCCGCUACAGUCAGUUUGUUGCCUUCCGAGUUAGCGAGGUUCUAGAAGCUUCGGAUAUACGAGAAUGGAACUGGGUUCCAACCAAGCAAAACGUAGCAGAUGAGGGAACUAAAUGGCGCCAGAGACCGGAUUUGUCUGCAUCGAGUCGCUGGUUCCGGGGUCCAGAGUUUCUUUGGAAAGUCACGGAGAAUUGGCCAAUCUCCAAAGAUCGCAUCGGAAAUACAACAGAGGAACUACGUCCGCAUCUGUUGCUCCAUACAACUGUUACUGAGUGCGCAGUCGAUAUUGAUCGAUUCUCCAAUUGGCGAAGACUGCUUCGUUGUACUGCUUACGUACUGCGCUACAUACGAAAUCUGAGACUUUCCGUACAGAAGCUGGAUGUCACAAGCGGACCGUUGAAUCGUCAAGAGCUGAGUGAUGCCGAGAACUACCUGUACCGUGCUGCACAGUUAGCCGCAUUUCCCGAUGAAAUUGCCAUCCUUUCGAGGAACCGGAACUCGGAGAAAACGGACAAGCAUUUGCCAAGAAGCAGCCCACUCUUUCGUCAAUGCGUCUUUCUGGAUGAAGUUCAAGUUAUCAGGAUCCAGGGCAGAACACAAGCUUGUUCGGUCAUCUCUCGAGAUGCAGUUCAACCAAUUUUCCUUCCUCGGAAUCACUCAAUCACCAAGCUGAUCCUCCUCGAUUUCCACAAUCGUUUUAACCAUCAGAACCAUCAAACAACGAUCAACGAAGUGCGUCAACACUACCGGAUUCCAAAACUGAAAGCAGCUUACAAAAGCAUUCGGAAGGAAUGCCAAGAAUGCCAAAAUUACCAUGCAACUCCGCAACCACCUUUCAUGAGUGAUCUGCCUCCGCAACGUCUUGCCGCUUUCACGCGACCAUUUACUUUCAUGGGAGUGGACUACUUUGGCCCCAUGAUCGUCACUGUAGGACGGCGUUCCGAAAAGCGGUGGGGAGUUCUGGCAACUUGCCUCACCAUACGCGCAAUCCACCUAGAACUAGCCCACACACUGACAACUGAUUCCUGUAUCUUGGCGUUACGCAACAUUAUGGCCAGAAGAGGAGUGCCCGCAAUCAUCUUCAGUGACCGUGGUACCAAUUUCCAAGGCGCAAGUAAAGAGCUAAAGGAAAUGAUACAAAGUAUCAAUCAAGAACAACUCAUGAAUGAGUUCACGACGCCCAACACUGAGUGGCGCUUCAUACCACCGGCCUCUCCACAUAUGGGUGGGGCCUGGGAACGCCUGAUCCGGAACGUUAAGUCAAAUUUGUCCAAACUUCAAUGGAGAAGGCUGCCUACUGACGAAGUUCUAAACAGCAGCCUAAUCGAGAUCGAAAACGUGGUCAACUCAAGACCGCUGACCGAGAUCCCAAUUGAAGACGACGAAUCUCCGGUGCUGACACCCAACCACUUUCUACUGGGAUCGUCGAACGGAUUGAAGUCUUGGGUCCCAUACAACGACAAUCCUUCUGUGCUUCGCAACAGCUUCAAACUUUCACAAGUCAUGGCCAACCAGUUUUGGAGGAUGUGGUUGAGGGACUACUUGCCCGUGAUCACGCGACGUACCAAAUGGAUCACCAAGGCAGAACCAAUUAAAGUUAACGACAUUGUUGUAAUCGUAGACCAGAAAGCUCCUCGUAACAGCUGGCCACUUGGACGGGUCAUCGCAACCAGACGAGGUUCAUACGGCCAAGUAAGAAGCGCUACUGUUCAGACCAACCAUGGCAUCUACGAGCGUCCUUCAGUUAAGCUAGCGGUGCUCGACGUAGGCGUCCAUAACCAAUGCGAUUCAGGGGAUCCUUUUGCGCAUUCGUGGGGGACUGUAAGCGCGCCCGUCGAUCAGCAGACCCCUCGUAGAACUGCUACCAUGACUACCCGUAGAAGUGCUACCCUAAACUGA